UCUGUUCAGUUUGGAGUUUAUUGAAUUUCUUGGAUCAUAUGUUGCAGGUUAAGCGAACCAAGUAAAUUACUCAUCUUGAAAAAGAUGAAUUCAUUGAUUUUUUCUAUCCUAUGUGUUUUUGUAACCGAAGUGCGAUCAGAAAAAGCUUUACUUCUUAACACAGGCUACGAACGCUUCUUGGAGGAAGUUGAAGACGUUUGGCACAAUAACAUCGUUACCGAAUGUUGGGGUACAGAAGAAUAUAUUGCUGCGUGCCCUGCUAUACUAGCCCUCUAGAGCAGCAAUUCAACAAACAUGACGUCUCGUUGACCAAACAAAGCGUAUUCUCGAGAUUAAUUUUGUGGAGAAAUCAAUCCCUGACAGAGAGUGACAUUGAUUUUUGUGAGAACUCAUAUGAACCUGCGAUGAUUUAUAAUUCACUUACCGGAGAGUACGAAAUCGGAUAUGAGUUGUAUUUUUUUAGAAACGAGACAGAAUCCCUGAACACCAAGAAUAACGAUUAUCAUUAUUACAAAACGGUAAAUAAAGAAAAGCACAUGUAUAACAUUGAGGAUCGAACAAUAUUCAAUGGCACCUCUGAAUUUGUAAUUAGAUACGAAAAUUACAACCACACUUUGUUCAAUUUCACCAAUGGAUAUCCAACUCUGGGUUUUUAUUGGAUACAUGUACUGUCUAUGAAUUGCUCAAAAAACAAUAAACAUUUGGCAUUUAAGCGAUAUAUGGUAACUCCCGAAAAUUUGAAAGACGAAUGCAAAAAUUAUCAACUUGCCGACGAAGAAUUGUACUCAAAGAAAAAUCAGAAAAAGCGUUUGAAAGACAUUUUGGUACCUUCGUCCUUAUUUAAAGGAAACCCUGAUCUGUCAUGCGGGCAACCUUACGGAUGUUUAACACCAUCGCAGAUAGUUCCACUGUGGUAUUUUGACUCGAGCUCAGCCAGGCUUGCCAGUUGUUCGCAUUUAAACGUUGACGAUGUCAUUUUUGGUGUAAAUGGAGUAUUGAAAAUGACGGUACCGAACGGCAGGCGAAGAAUGUAUUUAUCAGAUACUAAACGCGAUCAUGUCGUAGAAAUUCCAAAAAUAAUUUAUCGCAUUAUUAAAUUCGAAGUCUUAGGUGGCAACCAUUUCGCAGUAAUCGUAAUCCAUAAUGAUCCCAGCCCACUCCGAGAUGCUGAUAGACUUUGCCACAAAAACGAUACUUUUAUUCGCACCUGGGAAAAAAUAAUCAACGAUGAUUCAAAAACUGGAUCAACUUACGUUUGUCCGAUGACCGCAGUUCUUGCAAAAAAAUUAAACGUCGAUUGUUGCGGCAUGAAUAAACUAAAUUUGGCCGAAGUUCCAUGUCACAAAAAACAAUGGUCUCUGGAGUGGUGGUCUUGUGAGGAUAGGGCGGAAAUCGUUAAUUCAAGUUUUGAGAGAUUUUUAAAAGAGAUAUUACAAGAGUGAAAUAAAAACUUGAUAAGAACAGA